AUGUCGACUCCAAACCUCCCACAUACAGAGAAUCUUACUCCGCUAUAUGAUUUGGUAGUCCAAGUUCAUCAACUUGCCCAAGAACAAGCGUUGAUCCAAUCGUCUAUCACCACUAGUAUCGACACCUUAUCGAUAAAACUCGAUCAUGAUAAUAACACCACGGCCACGAAAACAAUAAAGCUCAAUCAAAUCAAAUCCAAAAAUGCCGAACUCAUGAGCCGUCUUGAAAGCACCACGGGGUAUAUUAAGACAGUGGUGAAUUUGUUGAACCAUUAUGAAGUAUCGAUCCAAACCAUCAUGAACGCUACUAGAGAAGACGUGAUUGAUUAUAAUCUUGGGUUAUUGAGUACUCAUAGAGAAAUGUAUGAUGUGAUACAGAGGAAAUCUCAAGAAGAGUACCAGCAGUAUGCAAAGUUGGUAGCCAAGAGAACAAUAAUACACGCAGUUUCGGAAAAGAUUCGGAAAAUGUUGGCAACGAUUGAAGAGUUAGGGGUGACGGAGGAUGUAGAGACCAGUUAUAAGUUGGGAAGCUUGAAGCAGAUACUAAUAGAAUUAACAGAAAAGAAAACAGGGUUGCAACAGAAGAAGAAAAAUGAUGGUGACUCUUAA